AUGGUAAAAAGUGUCAUGGUAGCCUAUGCGCUGUGGGCUGCCGGCGGGCCUUUGGGCCUUCAUCAUUUAUAUUUAGGAAGAGACAGCCAUGCUCUGUUAUGGAUGCUAACUCUGGGAGGAUUUGGGUUUGGCUGGGUCAGAGAGGUCAUACGUAUUCCUGCAUAUGUUGGUGAGGCCAAUCAAGAUGCAGAGGAGAGAGAAACACAUCCCUUGGUGCCUCCACCUGCAGGCCCUGUCAGAUUUGUUGGACAGGUGUGUGUUGGGAUCUACUUUGGCACAGUGGCUCUUAUUGGACUGAACUCCCUCAGUUUCUUCUACUGGAUCGUCCUGCCUUUAUGUGUGGGUGCAGGGGUACAUCUGGUGUCCUGCAUUGGGCAGCAGACUUCUGAUCUACGGAAAACGUUGACUACUUGUCUCAUAACCUCACCGAUAUUCUAUGGCAGCAGCUUAUCGCCUCUCCCUAUAAGCCUGGCUGCCAGUGUCACUGCUGCACAGAACCGCAGGGCCAAAACUCCACGAACACCUGGGAGCACACAGGAACUAGGUCCACGGCUUUACAGGCUCAGUCUAGCCUGGCUGGCCUUCUCUGCUCCGCUUGGUUACUGUAUUUUCCAUAACACCACAGCCACACUGUACUACCUGUCUGACUGUGUAUCAGCACUCCUGGAUAUGUUCUGGUUCCUGCCAUGGCUCAAAAAUGUGUUUGAGUACAUUCUUUUGAUGCCAUAUCGGCUCUUGUGCGUUCUUACUGGAGGGGGGUACAAUGACGACGCUUGGAGGAAGGUGCUGGACAUACUGCUGAAAGAGUACACUGAGAAAGAAAAAGAGGCACUGAAGGUAUUUUCAUUGGAGGAAGAGGCCUCUCUCGAAGACAUAACUCGCAGCUAUAGGGGGCUGGCCAAGACAUGGCAUCCAGACCACAACCCCAGCAAGGAGGCUGAGGCCAUGUUCAUGAAGAUCCAUGAGGCGUAUGAGGUCCUUCUACAACGGCACAAACCUCGUCGAUUCACAGCAUAG